AAGCCAUUGAUUCGAUUUUGUCCAAUCACAGAGGCCGUGGGCGGGUCCUGGGAUGACUUUCUCUUGGCUGUGGAAUGUUGAAGAGACAAGUGCUGUCAGACUGGGAAAGUGCCGGGCUGCGCUCAGUGCCAGCUCACUGGAAUCUAGAACUCAGGACAUCACGGCAAAGCUCUGCCCAGCUGGCAAUGCCAGAGCUGCAGGUCUGACUCCCCAAACUCUGGCCUGUCCUCACCCUCAGGAUGCUUUCCUACUACUGGGAUGGGAGAUGGACUGCUGUCAUACUGCUCUCCUGCCUCGCCGUGUGUACUGCUACCAAUUACAAUGUGUGUUCUGGGACGAUGAAUGGUCUCAGCGUGACUGGGGACAGUAGCUACCAGCAACUUACCUUGAAGAACAUGUACAACAACUGUCAGAUUGUGAUGGGGAACCUGGAGAUCGUACUUAUUGAUAACAGUCAAGAUUUGUCUUUUUUGAAGUCCAUUCGAGAAGUGACUGGGUACGUGUUGAUCGCAGUGAAUAUUUUUACAUACCUGCCUCUAGAAAACCUGCGUGUCAUUCGAGGGAAAAACCUUUACGAUGAAAAAUAUGCUCUCUACCUGGUGCUCAACAAUCAGGUUAAUGGCACACAGGGGCUUCAGAAAUUGGGCUUCCACCAGCUUACAGAAAUCGUUAAAGGAACAGUUCACAUAACCAAGAACGAGCACCUAUGUUUCACAGACACCAUUGACUGGAAAGAUAUUCUACGAGAUCCUACAGCAGAAGUAGAGAUUAAAGAAAAUGCUAAAAACUGUCAAUCAUGCCACUCCACCUGCGAUGGAAAAUGUUGGGGUCCUGGAGAAGAAGACUGCCAGAAAUUGACUAAGACGAUUUGUGCGCAGCAAUGCAAUGGUCGCUGCUAUGGCAGGAAGCCCACAGAGUGCUGCCAUGAUGAAUGUGCAGGGGGCUGCACGGGAUCCUCAAACCUUCAGUGUGUUGCAUGUCAGCACUUUAAUAAUGACGGAGCCUGUGUCCCACAUUGUCCACCGCUACUGAUUUACAACCAAUUCUCCAAUCGUCUGGAACCCAACCCAGAUGCCAAGUAUCAGUAUGGAGGAACUUGUGUCAAGAGCUGCCCACGUAACUUUGUGGUGGAUCAGGGUUCCUGUGUCCGUGCUUGUCCAAACACUAAGAUGGAAGUGGAGAAGAAUGGGGUGAAGAUGUGUGAACCAUGUUCCGGGCUGUGUCCUAAAGCAUGCGAGGGGACAGGACUCGGGAGCAAAUAUCAGACAGUGGACGCAAGCAAUAUUGAUAAAUUUGUCAACUGUACCAAAAUUCUGGGAAACUUGGAUUUCCUCAUCAUUGGUUUAGAGGGCGAUGUAUGGAGGGAAGUGCCACCACUGGACCCCAGCAAGCUAAAAGUAUUUCAAGCAGUGCGAGAAAUCACAGGGUACUUAAACAUCCAGUACUGGCCAAAACAUAUGAAUGACUUCAGCGUGUUCGCUAAUCUUACAACCAUUGGAGGUCGAACUCUCUACAACCGGGGUUUCUCACUGCUGGUGAUGAAGAACGAUAACGUGACGUCUCUCGGGUUCCGUUCACUGAGGGAGAUCAGUGCUGGGAAAGUCUAUAUCACAGAGAACCAGAAACUCUGCUACUACCAUACCAUUAACUGGACAUCUUUGUUUCUAACUCCCAAGCAGAGACAGGAAAUUAAGAACAACACACCUGCAUCCAAGUGUAUACAAGAAGGAAAGGUUUGUGACCCACUCUGCUCGUCUGCUGGAUGCUGGGGACCUGGACCUGACCAAUGCCUGACUUGCAAGAAUUACAGCCGAGAUGGCAUCUGUGUGCCAUCCUGCAACUUCUCACAUGGUGAUAACAGAGAGUUUGCCAGUGUUGGGCUUUGCCAACCCUGUCAUGCAGAGUGUUACAUGAUGGAGGGAGGUUUGGCCUGCAAUGGAACAGGUCCAGAUGCUUGCUUCAAAUGUGCAAACUAUCGUGAUGGGCUGAACUGUGUGAACAAAUGUCCAAAUGGGAUAUUUGGAGACAAGGGUCCCAUUUUCAAGUAUCCUGAUGAUAUGAAUGACUGUCAGCCAUGUCACGAAAACUGCACACAAGGGUGUACAGGACCGGGAAUCAAGAAUUGCAAUGGCAUGGCAGUACAUGCUCAUGAAAGCAAGACUCAAACAGUGGUUGCAGUGGCAGUAGUGGCAUCUAUAUUUGUUGUGUGCUCCUGCGUCAUCCUUAUACUACUUUACUGGAGAGGGAUAAAAAUCCGUAAGAAGCGAGCAAUGAGGCGAUACUUGGAGAGAGGAGAGUGUAUGGACAUGAUGGAUACAUCUGAGAAAACUAACACAGUGCAAGCACGAAUAUUCAAAGACACAGAGCUAAAGAAACUCAAGAUUCUGGGAACUGGGGUGUUUGGGACCGUACACAAGGGUGUAUGGAUCCCUGACGGAGACUCUGUUAAGAUCCCUGUCAGUAUCAAAGUCAUUCAAGAUCGCAAUGGUCGCCAGACUUUUCAUGCUGUUACAGAUCACAUGUUGGCAAUGGGGAGCCUUGAUCAUGCCUACAUAGUACGUUUGUUGGGGAUCUGCCCAGGCACACAGCUACAGCUAGUUACCCAACUCCUGCCAAUGGGCUCAUUACUACAACACGUGCGCAAAAAUAAGGAGACAGGCACCAUAGGACCUCAGCUGUUGCUUAACUGGUGUGUGCAAAUCGCCAAGGGUAUGUAUUACCUAGAGGAGCAUCGAAUGGUCCACAGGAACCUUGCCGCAAGGAACAUCCUCAUGAAGACUGCCAAUCAUGUUCAGGUAGCUGAUUUUGGUAUAGCAGAUCUGCUUUAUCCAGAUGACAAGAAGUAUUGCUCCAGUGAGGUCAAGCAGACACCAGUUAAAUGGAUGGCUCUGGAGAGCAUUCACUUUGGAAAAUACACUCAUCAAAGUGAUGUUUGGAGCUAUGGGGUGACUCUGUGGGAGAUGAUGACUUUUGGGGCAGAACCAUAUGCAGGUAUUCGCCCAACAGAGGUCCCAGACCUUCUUGAGAAAGGAGAACGACUCUCCCAGCCACAUAUCUGCACCAUUGAUGUGUACAUGGUAAUGGUGAAAUGUUGGAUGAUUGAUGAAAAUAUUCGCCCUACUUUCAAGGAGCUGGGCAAUGAGUUUACCCGCAUGGCCAGAGAUCCUCCUCGAUACCUGGUUAUAAAGAAAGACAGUGAUGCCCUACAGUCUCCUCUUCUUGGAGAGCAACCACCACUUAAUGAAAAAGAAGGAGAGUUUGACAUAGACACAGACACAGAUCUCGAGUCUGAAGAGAUGGGCCCUCAGCCGAAAACACCCAGCACACUCAGUACAUCCCGCCAGAGGAUUGACUACGCUCGGAGUCAGAGUGCAUUGAGCACCAUUGCAGGAUACUUGCCCAUGAAUCAGAGCCUCACUAGUGUGAAUAGAAAGAGUACUUUGCAUCGUGUCGACCCAGGCCAUAGAUGGGGUUCCCGUAGAAGGGAAGAUUCUCUUGGUCGUACAGUGUCAGAGUCAUCAGAGGGCUGCUGUACUUCCUCCGACAUGGAAACCGCUGAAGAAAUGUCAUUCGGUGGAGGUAGCCUUAGCCGUAGUCCCCGUUCCCGUCUGGACAGUGCAUAUCGUUCCCAACGGGAGAGCCUUCUUGCUGGCACCCCUGAUGAGGAUAGUGAAUAUAUAAUGCCAGAACUCAGCCAAGGAGAUAUUUCACAAGAUGGAACCUUGAUAUCUGAAGCAUCUGGAUCUGUUACACCAUGCCAGCCUCAUGGAACAGAUGAUGAUGAAGAGUAUGAAUACAUGAACAAAAAGACACAGCCCACCACAGCUCCAGCAGAGAGGCUUGAGUAUGAGUACAUGGACAUCAGAGGUGCGGGAGAUACUAAGAGUGAGAACAUUUCCUCCCCCAGACUAGAGGAAGACAAAGAUGAAGAUUAUGAGUAUGGUAAUAAGGAGGAUUAUGAGUACAUGAAUGAUCAGGGAAAAACCAAACAGAGCCAAAGUCAUGAAGAGGAUGAAGUAGAGGAGUACACAUAUAUGAACAAAGGGGGCACAGUAAAAGAAGACAGCAACAGCUCUGAGGACAAGCAGGGCUAUGAAGAAAUGAACUUGUUGGCUAGCCGUCCUCAGUCAUUGGACAGAUCUAUUGCAAUCCCACAAACCUGUCACCGAGAGGCACUUCAGAGGGGAUACCUCCAACCUUUGCGGGAACUAGAAGUAAAAGACUGUGCAUUUGAUAAUCCAGACUACUGGAACAGUCGCCUGUUUUCUAAGAAUGAUGUUCAAAGGACAUAGGUUUUGGAAAAUAGCUUACUUUUUCACCACUUGACCUUUUUGUCAAGAAUUCAGGUCCAUGCACAGUCAAGUUGUUAUGUUCAAUCCUGCUUUAAUCUCUUCAAUUUUAGGAAGAGCUGCAGAAAAAUGUGUAAUUGCUUCCAGAGAACUGUAGUUGUAGGAUACUCUUAAGGAACUGUAUAUGAUUUUAAAAGUUUUUGGAUAGUCAACUGAAUGUUAGUCCCUUACAAUUUCUGGAAAUAGAUUUCUUAUGAUAUUGUGGUAGACCCAGGUUUCUUGUGUUUCUGGGUCUCCAUAUCAUGUGGUCGAAUUACUCAGACAUCUAACAUGUCUGUUAAAACACUAGGCCUUUUUUGAAGUGCAGUGGAAUAUUCCAAUAGUGGAGUUCAAACAGCAAAUUAGUUGGUUUACAUUUCCUUCUUUUGUUAGUAACUCGGAUGUACAUGUUUUGUAACGAUGCAGCAAUAACCCUCUGAUAUCAGCCAAGUCCAAGCAAUAACAAAUGAGUGGUUUAAUUAUAUAUUUUUUAAAUGAUGCGAACAUCAGUGGCUACGCAGGUAGGUGAGGGCCAUAAUAGUGUCAGGUUUACAUCUCUCUUACCUCAAAAUAUAUUCUUCAGAAAAUAUAUCAAAUAUUUAUACACUGGUUAUGGUAGAUAAGACAUUUUAAACAGCCCAGAUUUACUUUAUUACAGUCAUACAAAUGAUUACUUGCAGGGUUUGGUAUUGAAUAUGUAACACUUUUGUACUAUUUGAUAUCUGUCAGGCCUCUGAUUUACAUUGAAUGACAGUGGUAAAGAAAUUCUCCUUUUCGUGAUGCCAUGCUACAAUAAGAUGUGUAUAAGAGGGGAGAGCAAGAGACUUAGACACAAAGGGGGUAGGACUUAGGGGGGAAAGGCACAGUAGGUGUAUGAAACACUAAAGGGGUUUAGCCAUUCAAAAGGGGAUAAGAAACACAAGAGCUGGUAAGAGACCACAAAAGGGGAUAAAAAUGCAAAAGUGUGAAAAAGAACGACAAAAGGAGGAUACGAUACACAAAAGGAGGCAAAUAGCACAAAAAGGUGGCAAAAUACACAAAAGGGGAAAAAAGAUAGAUAAGAGAGGCAAAAUGGGGGUUAAUAGACAGACAAGCCUACACCAACAAAGACGCAUUUUGGUGUACGCCAUAAUGCGUCUUUUCCUAUUAAGCCGAAAAAUCCUUGCACCAAUGCUGAGUAAAGUACUAUUUACAAAAUUUACUUAUUAACAACUUAUACAGCUAACAGUAGAUUUAGCUAGUCAUAUGAAUAUAGCAAAUCCACUGUUUUGCAAUUUGACUUCAGAGGUUACUGAGAACCCCCACCCAACUUAUUCACGGCAAUUCCAAUUUAGUUAGACUUUUUGGUACAAAUCACCAUAUACUUACUUUGAACCAUGUAAGAUUCCAGAUCCUAAGGGUUCCCAUCAGGUUCAGCGGGUAACUUAGACAAAGUUGGACCUCACUAAUAGGUAGGUUUGGUAUAGCAUGAUCACUUCCCUUCUUUCGUGCACACUCCAGCUUUAAUCCUAAUGAAUUUGUUAACAUAAAAACUCUAUCCUCAUGUAUUUUCCAUAUAUAUAAUAAUUCUAGAUUUGGAAAGCAAAAAGCAGAUCAGCAAUCUUCCCUAAACUACAUUUUCUAUUUGUUACACUGCCAUACAUUGACCUGCAUUUCUCCUCCACUAACCGAUUACUGUAACUUUUUUCAAUAUGUUAUUUGUAUGGAAUGGAUAGAAGGUUAAUAAAUGCACAAAGGUAUUACAGUACUUGAACAAAGGGAAAGCAGUGAACGUUUUUACUGUCCAUCAAAAAGAUGCAUGCAUAUAUAUUGAAGACGUUAUUCUAAUGUUAUAACAGCAUUUUUUUUUUUUAAAUUAAUGUGGGAUUUGCAUAUUGUUAAAGGGACAUUAUAGGCACCCAGAAAUGGUCUGGGUUCAGUGUCCCUUUUGCACUUAUUGCUGCAAUGAAACUGCAAUGCUUACAUUGCAGCUUUAAGUGUGCCUCCGGUGGCUGUCUACCAGACAGCUGUCAACCUGUCUACCAGACAGUCACUGGGGGGCGCUUCCUGGGUCGAAAUGGACCUUUGGUCUGGUAUUUGUCGCUGGACAUCCUCACGCUCUGCAUGAGGACAUCCAGCGUCAGAUUUUCCCCCAUAUGAAAGCAUUGACUUCUCACGGGACGGAGGGCCGAGGGACACCAGCACUGGGAUAAUGUAAGUAGAUAAAGGGUUUUUAACCUUUUAUUUACCGGUGGUGGAAGGGGUGGUGGAUGGCAGGGGGAGCGAUAGUAUCCCUUUAAUAGAAGAAUGGUAUACUCUUAUCACUGAAUGCAAUGUUUUCAUAGACUUCAGUGGAGUAAUUGCUAUUCAGUAGCUUUUCAAGAGAAUCCUGCUGUUGUCUGAAAUUGUCCAAUAAUUAAAAUAACAAACCCAAAACCUAGAAUAUACUGUGCAUGUACAUAUCACUUUCAUAUGAAUAUACUUAUCUUCCUUGAGGCCAGAGGAAGAAUACUGACCAUGUUCAUAAAAUAGCUUUAAAUCCUGCCGUGUGAAAUUAUAAACAAAUAGAAGUCCUGAAUACAUAGGUUUUAGAGGCCAGAUACAAUGGGCCAACUAUAAAGACACCAAUUUGUUAUUAUCAGCAACACAAUUAGACACUGUGGCCGCAAGACAUAACAAUGAAUGCUGUGUUUGUCUGAAGACAAUGUGGGCUUUCCACAGAAGUUGUUUUGUAAUUUGUACACUAAAUGAAUUGUCUUUUAUAACUAAAGUUAAACAUGUUUAUAAAACUAUGAAAUAUUUUUAUUUGUAUGUCUGUAUGUUGGAGAUUAUUGUAAAAAAAUAUAUUUUUUAAAAAACAUAAAACAGAGGUGGUGUGAGUGACCAGGUGACAAUUUGGAAAUCGAGCCAAGACCACCAUAUGUACUGUAUUGAAUUUGCAUUGGGUACUUGUUUGGGUAUGACAUUUUAUGUGAAUAAAAACAUUACAAAAAAAUAAAAACAAAAACA